AAUGGCACACCUACACCUGAGAUACCUCCUGGCUCUAGCCUCAGUGCACGUGGUUUUGUCCUCUGGUGUGUUUGAGUUGAAAAUUAAUUCAUUCCACACGGCGCAGCGCAUCUGCAGGAGACACAGGGACUGUCAUAUCUUUUUCAGAAUCUGCCUGAAACACCCGGAGGAUGUGAUCUCUGCAGAGCCGCCAUGCACCUUUGGGACCGGACACACGAACGUGAUCAGAGCCGAUCAUACCUCGAUCUCCAGCAGCGCUCCCAUCAGGGUGCCUUUCCACUUCAAGUGGCCGGGAACAUUUUCGUUGAUCAUUGAGGCCUGGAACGCUGAAUCUCCCACUGAAUACACCGACAACCAAAACAACCUUGUGAGCCGUCUGGCUACCCGGAGGAGACUUGCCAUCGGUGAGGACUGGUCCCAGGACGUGCACUUUGGGGAGCAGAGCGAGCUGCGCUACUCCUACCACGUCUACUGCGACGAGUACUACUUUGGAGACGGCUGCGCGGACUACUGCAGGCCGAGGGACGACACGCUGGGACACUACACCUGCGACGAGGAGGGCAAUCGCAUCUGCUUGGAGGGUUGGAAGGGAAACUACUGCUCUGAGCCCAUCUGCUCGGCGGACUGCAGUGAGAGGCAUGGCUACUGCGAGGCCCCAGGGGGCUGUACGUGUCGCAUGGGCUGGCAGGGCCCCUCCUGCAAUGAAUGCGUCCGCUACCCAGGCUGCCUCCACGGGACGUGCAGCCAGCCGUGGCAGUGUAACUGUCAGGAGGGCUGGGGGGGCCUCUUCUGCGACCAGGACCUUAACUACUGCACCAACCACAAGCCCUGCGCCAACGGUGCCACCUGCACCAACACAGGCCAGGGCAGCUACACCUGCACCUGCCGGCCUGGCUUUGGAGGCACCAACUGUGAGCUGGAGACCAAUGAGUGUGACAGCAACCCCUGCAAGAACGGAGGCAGCUGCAAUGACCUGGAGAACGACUACUCCUGCACCUGCCCACAGGGAUUCUACGGCAAGAACUGUGAGAUCAUUGCCAUGACGUGCGCAGACGGCCCCUGCUUCAACGGAGGCACCUGUGUGGAGACGAUGACCGGAGGCUACACCUGCCGCUGCCCCCCCAGCUACACCGGCUCCAACUGUGAGAAGAAGCUGGACCGCUGCAGCAACAGGCCCUGUCUGAACGGUGGAGAGUGUCUGGACCUCGGCCAGAGCGUGCUGUGUCGUUGUCAAGCCGGCUUCACUGGUGCCAACUGUCAGGUCAACAUUGACGACUGUGCCUCGUCCCCCUGCCAGAAUGCUGGGACCUGCCAGGACGGGGUCAAUGACUACACCUGCUCCUGCACCCUGGGCUACACCGGCAAGAACUGCAGCAUGCGCUCUGAUGCCUGUGGUGCCCGCCCAUGUCAGAACGGUGGCACCUGCUUCACCCACUUUACUGGUCCGGUGUGCCAGUGCCCAAAGGGCUUCAUGGGUCCAAGCUGCGAGUUCACGCUGCAGCCCAGCUUCAAGCCCGCUCUGCGCCAAAGCUCCCAGCCCUCCUCCGCCACCCUCACCGUCUCAUGCAUCCUUGCCGUGCUGGUGCUGGUUCUGGUAGUGGGGAUUAUCUACUUAAGGAGGAAGAGAAGACUGCAGGGGAGGAAGCAGCUGAGCGACACUGCAGUCUACAAUGACCUGGAGGCGGUCAACAACCUGGGAGGAAGCGAGAGAGAAGCUUUUCUCAGCCCCAACGGCCUGUUUAAGAUCAGCAACGGCACGGCUCGUCUCAGCCUCUCCCUCUGCCCUGACAGCAGGUCCGGGUACAGACAUAACCCUGUGGAGAGCAGCCUGGCCAGAGGAGAGCGGCAGGACUUCCUAUGGAGGGACGAGAUGGGGCUGGGCUCCGGGGCCGGGCUCAGAUGAAACAGAGGACGCCAACAAAGGGGAAAAUGAAUAUUAGCACUUGAUGCUCCUCUCUCUUCAGGCACAGUGAAGAAAGGAGAAAACCCAUGAGUUAAAAAAACACUCUGCUUAUGCAGAAUAUACUGUACCAUUAAAAUGUAAGCAUAAGAAACAAAAUAUGGACAAAUGAACUAUUGUGAUGAAGAUGGUUUACAAAGAUUAUUGAAAAAGUAUAUGGGGCAAAGCUCUUCAUGUUUAAGACCCAAAGAAACAAAUAACACCAUCCACUCUUCAUAGGACCUAAACCACAUGCCAA